CAGUCACACCGUGUAUUUGACUUAAACCCUCUUUUCAAGUGGAGGCAGGGGUUGGAUAGGCUGAUUCUCUUUGUGUCGUCUCUCCUGGAUCCUUCUACAGGAAAGGUCACUGAAUCACCUGGGAGAAGGUAUCAGGACCCCACGCGGCUGCGCUCCCUGUCCGUCCACUUCGGCUCCUGGAGGAAUCACGCAGCGUUAACAAGUCCCGCGGAUGUUCAUCCUCCAGACACACGGGGGCGAAACAGCGCAGCAGCUGCCGAAAAGGCGGCGGGGUGGCUCUCUUGCCGUCGGGAGGUCUACGUACUCACGCACUCCAACCCGGAAGUGCGGCGUCACGUGGCGCGCUCUAGCCGCUGCCUUGGAAACGCGGAGCGCGGUCUCCCGGCCAGGCUGCACUGGGGCAGGACUUCGGGCCUGGGGCGACACUCGCUUGGGGACACGAUGCUGUGCGCCCGAAGGCUGGGCAGCCUCGGAGCCGGGGUAGCGGCUCUGCGGCCGGGGCGAGCAGGCCGGUGCAGCCACGGAGCCCGGGGUCGGGCCCGAGGAGUCAGCACCAGCUGGUCCCCGGUGGGCGCCGCCUUCAACGUCAAGCCCCAGGGCCACCGCCUGGACCUGUUCGGCGAGCGCGGGGGUCUUUUUGGAGUUCCUGAACUCUGUGCCCCUGAAGGAUUUCGCAUUGCUCAAGAAGAAGCCUUGAGAAAGACAGAACAGCUGGUGGAGCGUGUGUGUUCCAUCCCCCCAGGGAUGCAGACAGUGCUCAUCUUUGAUGAGCUCUCUGAUGCGUUGUGCAGAGUGGCCGACCUGGCUGAUUUUGUGAAAAUCGCACACCCUGAGCCCUCCUUCAGAAUGGCUGCUGAAGAAGCCUGUAGAAGUAUUGGCACCAUGGUAGAAAAGUUGAACACAAAUGUGGAAUUAUAUCAGAGCCUGCAGAAAUUGCUAGCUGAUAAGAAACUUGUGGAAUCCCUGGAUGCGGAAACCAGGUACUCAUGGCUCCUUGUGACUGUGGUUCUAGGGUGAGGCUGGGAGUCUUUGCCUCUAGCCCCCCUGGGCCUGCACUGUUCUCCCUGGGUAUCUGCAGGACUCCUGCUCUGACAUAUUGUCUUCUCUGCACACCAGGU